AGUAAAGUUACAUUUAACAUUCAGAUAAUCAUGGUAAUGCCCCGGGCGCUCAGUACUUAAGAAAGGUUGAUGUACCGACAAUGACAAACUCCCAGUGUCAGUAUUUCUUGGGUAGAAAUCACGUGCACACAAGUAAUCUCUGCGCAGGUCUGAGGGCAGGCGGGAAAGAUGCUUGCCAGGGUGACAGCGGCGGACCUUUAGUCUGUAAGAAGGACGGAGUGUGGAAAUUGGCGGGAAUUGUGUCCUGGGGGUACGGCUGUGGGGACAGGAACGCCCCCGGGGUGUACACACGUGUCAGUUCAUUCAUCUCUUGGAUCAACCAACAAAAAGCAGCUCAUCCAUAGAUGUACAAGAAUAUAUACAUUAUUUGUGGUAUAAAGGAAAAA